AUGGCCAUGUGUGUUCAAGAGGAGGGUCGAUUGCUGCUGGAAACAGGAGAAAGUGUAUUCAUGGCUACUCAAGGAAAUAAGACCUAUCAAGCUAAUAGGAAGUGGAAAGGAAAAGCACCACUCGACCCUAAACCUGAUAUCAAGAAAGAAUCCAAGUGUCACUUUUGUAGAAAGAAGGGGCACAUAAAGAAUGAUUGUAUCAAGUAUCAGAAAUGGAUUGAAAAGAAAGCACGUGGUGGACUGAUUCUGCUUCUACAAGCCAUAUUUGAGCGAAGCAUCUAUUCUGGAAACAAGAUGCAGUCGCGUGUGGAAGCUAUUGGGACAUGCACUUUAGUUCUUAGCAGUGGUUUCAUUUUAGAGUUAGAAAAGACCUUUUACAUAUCUAACUUUUGUAGAAAUUUAAUUUCAGUUUCAAGACUUAUGCCCUUGGGAUAUUCCUUCUUUCUAGAAGGUUAUUCUAAUCUAUUUUAUAAAUCUAAACUUGUUGGAAAUGGUACAUUGUUUGAGGGUCUUUUCUCUCUUAAUUUACAAAAUGAUUCCACCCCUAUUGUUAUGCAUGUCCAAGCUGGUACUAAAUGUUGUGUUAUGAAUGAAGAUUCCUCCAUUUUAUGGCAUCGGAGAUUAGGACAUAUCUCCAUAGAUAGAAUCAAGAGAUUAGUAAAUGAUGGAGUACUUAGUACAUUAGAUUUUACUGAUUUCGAUACUUGUGUUAACUGCAUUAAAGGCAAGCAGACCAACAAGUCAAAGAAAGGUGCCAAGAGGAGUUCAACCAUAUUAGAAAUCAUAAAUUCAGAUAUAUGUUGUCCAAAUAUGGACGCAUAUGGUCAGAAAUACUUUAUCACCUUUAUAGAUGCUUACUUACGAUACAUGUAUCUCUAUAUGCUUCAUAAUAAAAGUGAAGUAUUAGAAGCCUUUAAAGUUUUCAAGGCUGAAGUAGAGAAACAAUGCGGAAAGCAAAUUAAGAUUGUGAGAACUGAUAGAGGUGGUGAGUACUAUGGUAGAUACACUGAGCAUGGACAAGCCCAAGGUCCGUUUGCAAAGUUUCUUCAAGAAAAUGGGAUUUUUGCCCAACACACUAUGCCUGGUUCUCCAGAUCAAAAUGGUGUGGCAGAAAGAAGAAACCGAACAUUAUUGGACAUGGUGCAUAGUAUGCUAAGUAGCUCUAAGCUACCUAAGUCAUUGUGGAUUGAUGCUCUUAAGACGACAGUGUCUAAAGGAUACAGAUUCUAUUGUCCAUCCAACAACACUAGGAUUGUGGAAUCAAGAAAUGCAAAAUUUCUUGAGAAUGACUUGAUUAGUGGGAGUGAUCACUUUCAGAAUACAAAUUCUGUAAGAGAUCAACCUUCUACUUCAAGAGAAAGAUUAGUUAUCAUUUAUAACACCCCUCAAGUACAACCGGGUGUUGAGCAAAUAAUCAAUGAGAUUCCACAAGCUGCUGAAAAUAUUCCAGCAGAUCAAGUUGUUCAAGAAAUUCCAAAAAUUAUUGAACAACAUAUUCCUCAGGAAAAUGUUGACACAACAUUAAGGAGAUCUACUAGAGAAAGAAAAUCAGCAAUUCCUAGUGACUAUGUUGUGUAUCUGCAAGAAUCUAACAUUGGAGUUGAAAAUGAUCCUGAGUCUUUUUCACAAGCAAUGAGUUGUAAAGAGUCAGAAUUUUGGUACAAUGCCAUGAAAGAAGAGAUAAAUUCCAUGAAAAGUAACGAAGUUUGGGAUCUUGUCAAGUUGCCUAAUGGUGUAAAAGCCAUUGGAUGCAAAGAAAGUCUUAAGAUAUCUUCAAGGGACAAAAGACUACAUGCUUAUGUACAAACGAUCAGAUGA